AAUUUAAAAAAAGGCAGCGCCUCCUCCUGGCUUUGCAGCGCUUAUACGCUGCAAUAAAGGACUGAGCGCAGGAUCUGGACGUCCUGUGACUUCCACGCACUGCUGUCAGCGCCUGCGCGUCGAAACUACGCGCUCUGCGCACCGCUGCGCGCCGCACACUGCAUUAGCGCGCCCACAGUCCACAACACGCUGCGACGGCAGCGACGGCCUCGCGCACCCGACGAGCUCCACGCCGCCGAUGGCGUCGUCUCCUGAGUACAGCGACGAGACACGGGCAAUGUUGGCGGGCGGUGCCCAGGUGGCCGUCGCCGUGGUCGAGAGCGGGGUUGGCUGCGCCCGGCAUCAAGCCACCUGCGCGGUCCAACUAAGGGACCCGUCACACGUCCGGACGGUCUUCUUUACCAUCUUAUGGCUCGUCAUCGCCGUGUUCUCGGGCGUGCUGCUGCAUGGAUUUCUCGACGGCACGCAAGAGUGGCUCAGGGAGAUGGAGACCCCCAAGGAUUGGGAGUCGUAUGCGUUCCCCGGCUUCGCGUUCAUUGACUUUGCGGCGGCCGCCGUGCGCACCCUCCGCACCGGCGAGCGCACCCGCCCGCUCAUCGUGGCUGCCUUGGCGGUUCCCUUCGGCGCGUUAGUGAACAUGCACAACAACGCGCCGCUCCUCCACAACGCGCCGGCCGCGUCGUCGGCCGUGCCGCCGCCGCCGCGCGGGGAGGAAGCCGCGUGAAGGUGCGAAGGGCCCGCGCGAGGCGCGCGCGUGUGACGGCUCAUCCUAAGUGUGACUAUAUAUACUCA